AUGACUAUCAAAUCAUUCUUCUUGCUUGGAGAAGAUCCAUCCACCGCACAAGAGAUAGAAGUGGAUUUCACUCAUGAUAUUGACACUCUCAAGGAGGAUGUCGGGCAAUACUUUGGAGUCGCUGUACCUUCCGGAAUCGCCUUUCAAUCAGGAGAAACACAAUUGGUCGACCUCGCCGAUGUUGAGGAAGCAAAGUCGCCCAUUGCCCUUACGAUAGAUGGUCGCGAGGCAAAAGAGCCACCUGGUCCUCGCGGUGUUCCCAUCGCAGGUUCGUAUCUCGAAGUGUACCCUGAUCAUCUCGGAAACCACCAGAGAAUGUUUGAAAGUUAUGGACCUGUGAUCAAGACCACAGACAUGGGUCGUACGACCUACUAUACCAACUCGCCCGAGAUAGCAAAUAUUUGCUUUGGCGAAGGAGGUUACUGGGCGAAGAUGAUCAACAAAGAUCAUCCACUUUAUCAGAUCAAAGAGCCCAUGGCUGGUGUCUUUUUGAGCGACUCCAAUACCGAAGCCUGGACUAUCGUGCACAGAUUCCUUGCGCCAGCGUUAUCGCCCAAGGCUGUUCGCCACUACACGCCUCAGAUGCAAAAAACAGCCGAGCUCUCUUUCAAGGUCUUUGAUGAGCUUGAUGAGAAGGAGGAAGCUUGGAAUGUCUACCCCUACAUGUUCAAGAUGGGUUCGACCGCUAUUGGCAAACUGGCGUUGGGCAUCGAUCUCCACCACUUUGACAGUGUUGAUGCUCCACUUCAUGAGCUCGUCGUCAAGGUCGGUAAGAAUCUUGAGUUGAACAAGAAAGUCUCGACUCGAGGAGAUUGGUACAGUCAUUUGCCUUUUGGCGAGCCCAAGGAGCUGAGAGACACCAAGGCCAGACUUAAUCAGCUCAUGCAAGAGGCCAUUGAAAGGGCGCAGAAUGCGGGCGCCGAGGAUCUUCCUAUCUCCGAAGCUGCACUCAAGGCCGACUGUAUCGCUGACUACCUGGCCCGAGCUGUUGAUCAGGAUGGUAACAAGAUGCCCGAGAAGUACCAAACUCCUGCCACCUUGGUUGCUGUUGGUGCUGGCUUUGUAACGACUGCUUCGCUCCUCUCCUGGCUCAUUUAUGGGCUCGUUCAAUAUCCCGGAAACCAGGAGCGUCUUUUGCAGGAGCUCAUCGACUAUGGUGUCCACGACAAGACCACGUGGACUCCCGAUCUCGCCAAUGCUCUGCCUUUCCUAGACAUGUACAUCAAGGAGACACAGAGACUGCACAACCCCAGUUACCAACCAGGUCGCACAGCUCUAAGCGAUACAAUUUUGCCCGGAGGCUACAAGAUUCCCAAAGAUGCAGUCAUGAUCGUGGCCAUCCACCAUAUUCAUAACAACCCUGCUGUGUGGGAGGACCCUCAUAAGUUCAACCCCGAUCGAUGGUCGACAAAGGCUGCGAAGAACAGACCAAAGGGAUCUUACGUGCCAUUCGCCGCAGGACCUAGAAUGUGCAUCGGGUUCAACUUUGCUCUGCAAGAGGUCCGAGUGAUUUUGAGCGAGCUGAUUUACCGCUAUGAGUUCACAAAGGCUUCUUCGGAGGAGGUUGAGUAUGAUCCUAGCUUCCAGCUGAUCAGACCGAUGAACUUGUUCGUCAGGGCGAAGAGAAGAACGACGUGGCCUGACAAGAAGGAAGAUAAGAGCGCAGAGGCUUAG